CAGAAACUGACAACGCAGAUAUAACGACAGUUCGCAUUUUGACUUCUUUUUUUAAAUUAAAAAGAUCAUGAUUUAUUUAAAAUGAUCGACCACCCUGGGAACCCACGCCGAUUCUGGGUCAGCUGUAAUGGACCUGGUUUAGUUUUAGCAACCCAACUAGAUAUCUCGGAGGAGGAUAUAUAUUUUGAAAAAAAAUCCUGAUAAAGAAUAACGACUAUAAAUACAGCACUGGUCAUUGGAUCAAGGGGAGUAGCGACUGGAGCAGCAGCGCAAAGCAUCCGACAUCACAUCGCACAGAUAAUGCCAUGGGACGGGACCUAAUCUGUACCCUGGUAACGGUAAGAGAUCAGCAUAUUGUUUACCGUUAAAAAAUAAACGAAAAGAUCAUGUGAAAAUUGAUACUGUCAGAUACUGACAUAUACUACUACUGCUGCAACCAAUAAACCAUAUUAAUAUGUCAUCCAGCCAGGUGUGAUUGAUCUGUGAACGGUCUGUUAAACAAACACUACAAAGCUGAGCAGACAUGGGAAGUAGCCCAAUAACUACAUUCUGGAAAUACAACAAAACAAAUACGUUAUAGAAUGUUUAGCUUUCUGGACUACUGGAAUCGUAAAUACACAGACAAGCCUGCUAUCCGAUAACGGGACUAUAAACGGCUUUUUGUGAUAAUCGUUUUGAAAAGGAAAUACAAUACCUUUGGGAAAACAAAAGUUACACACGUAAGCUUUUCGUAGUUUUCAUUUGUUUGUUUAUUUAUUCACUGCCAAUCUAAACAUGCAUCGCCCCAACAUAUUAUAUGAAAGACGGUGGUACUUUUAAAGCCUUUAAAAUACGAAAUAGAAUAAAGGUAGCUCUGCUAACGUCACACCUGAAUCUUGUAAACCUAUGACAGCUGUCAGCUUCUGUUUUUGUAUUGUUCUGGUGUUUUCUAAAUUUUCACAAAAACAUCUUCAAAAUGUAGAGGCGUCGUUCAGAUUCCGUUAUCAAAUUUAAACUACAAAACAAAAUACAUGUUUUUGACUGUCAUAAAGCCACUUUUGUGGUCCUCGUUUUAUCAUUAAAGAGGCACCCACAGCCAGUUCAAGAAACCAAGCAAAACAAAAUACAAACAAACACAAACCAUAGCGGGUUCCGCUUACAGUUUAUUAAAACCACAUUUUUUAAUACCGGGUUUUGUAAGGAUACCGAGUACUUUUGAGAGACCUAUUGCAAAGAAGACAUUGCUGCCCUGUAGCGCAUUUGUUUAACUGACGUGAAGUGCACAUGUUGUUAGCAGCUGGUUUCAUUUUAUGGUGCUGUGGAUUGUUGAGUCACAGACAAAUGCUGCGCCACCAGGCCUUGGUGAAGGGCCGCUGCUUCGUCUUGUUCAGUGAUCUGAAGGUUUUCCUGCUCAGGCCACCGACUCCUUCAGCCCCUUCACCUCUAUUCCUCCCCAUGAGCGGCGGAAACACAGAGAGUCAUGGCAACGGAGUCGAGGGCGCCAGCAGCAUCGUCCACAGCAACAACACCUUGACAAGUGUCCCCUCGCCCGCAGCCUGGCAACCACCGCCGACAGGGGGCGCAGUCAGCACAGAAGAGGAGGAGGGCAGAAGUACGGGGGUAUGGGGCGGCGCGGCAGGGGCAGCGGAGCACUCUGUAUCCCUCAUCAGCAGCAACUCCUCAGAUGACUUCUACAAGGGUAAAGGAGAGGACGGGCAGUCUCUCACCAGCUGCACAGACAGUGGCACACUUACCCCGCUCUGCAGAAUCUGCUUUGAGGGACUUGACCAGGUAAGACAUGGUUAUGGUGUGUUUUACUUGCUGGACACUUAA